AUGUCCAACAGUGAACGGGGGAAAUAUUACCGACGUAGACGUAAACUCUAUAGUGCACACCUUGAAGAACGUGUCGCGGCCCUUCACGAAGAAAUCGCAGCGUUAACGGUCUCUCGUCAGGUGCAGCAGGAGUUGGCCUUGUCCCAACGAUUUACUCCUCUUGGUGCAGCUGCUAACAUUGUGAACGAGUAUUGCUCACUCUUUAACCACGGUGCACCUGUUCGCUUGACCGUGGACGACCAGGACGUGUCGGCAUCACUUGUUGCGCAUGUCAGUAAUACCCAACGAGGGUUUUUACAGGCCGUGAUGAAUGCUGACUUGCGGUUUGGUGAAUUUUAUGGUGUCGGUCUUUUGUUUCACCAGUGGGAACGCUAUUCACUGUACCACGCGGCCAUCAAGUGGACAAUGAAGUCACUGAAAGUGAUCGAGCUGACGGAGCCUGGAGACCUGACUCCGUGUAAUGGCAGCUCGCUGGUGGUCACCAUCACGGCGGACUUGCGCGUACGGAUUUCUCGACGUACGAUCGAGGAGGUGUUCCCGCACUUGGUGGGAGAUGAAGGAUUGAUGCAAUUGCUUAUCGGGCAGGAAGUGACGUACCCGUGCAUCAACCACUUUCAUUUUAAUCGAAAUGGCAAGAUUGAGUGGUAUACUCCCGAGAUAAACUUUAUUGGUGGGUUGACAGAAGCAUUGAAACGUCCGGAGCUAGUGGCGUACGUAAUGGAAAACGCACUGAUUGAGAAGGAUCACAUGAUUGGCAAUAAGAAUGACGGACGCCAACUUGCUGAUGUGAAGGAAGUGACAACGGAAAGCUGCGAGCGAUUUAGUACUUCUCAAAGUAAUGACUGGCUGGACGUUAGUGAUUCAUGGAAGAACGAGCUUGAAGCGACUUCAGAAUCGUCAUUUGAUCAACCAGAUCGACUUAAACUGGCCUACAUCCUAGCCGAGUAA